AUUGACUGGUCUCAAAAACCUCAGCCCAUUCAGAUCCAGCUGAAAUCCUUACGUGGUGUUAAAGACAAAGUGCCACAAGGCAGCUACGUUCUCAAGGUUUCCCUCCGCGGACAGCUUGGUGGUAAAGUGCUUGACUGGUCUAAAGCAGAGGGCCAGCAGUGGGCUGGAACCACACUGCCCGUCAGACACCAUGGGAACUUCUAUGAUGUGGAGAUCUGUUUUGACCAAAGUAUACAAACA